CUAUAUAUUAAAGCUGGGUUUCCGGUUACUGUUACUAAGCCGUUUUUGUAUCGGCUCCAGCCGAGCUGGUUGGUGGAAAUCACGUUUUCGUCCUUAUUUUGUGAUAAGGACGACACCGACGUCGUCUAACUCGACUCUUCCAGACUAUCAUCAUCUGCACUCCCUUUUUCGCUCUCCCAAACCUCAUACACCAGAAUUGAUAUCAUCCCAAACAAUUAUCAUCCCAAAAUCUUUUUCAAAUCCAUCAGUCGUAUCUUACCGGACCAACAAAAUUAACUUUCCCCAAAUCUCUGUUCUCGAGAUCAAAAAUAACGGAGAUUCAAAUUCUUUGCUGAUUCAUAAGGGGAAGAAGGUAGAUAGCUCAGAGAAAAGGAAGAGGGGGACGGGAAGCAGUCAAAAUCGCGAUUAUCGGUGAGGACAACAAAAUUUUCUCACUUUUGCUACUGUUCAUCCAACUCAAUUAGCAAUCAUGCCACCCAAGAGCAGGACAACAAGAAAAAGAAUGCUGCUAGAAGACGAUCACAACUCAGUAAAUUUAGAUCAUGCUCAGAGUCGGGGUGAGAGCUUAUCAACUGAAGGGGAUAUGCGUGAAAUGACAGAUAAUCAGCCUUUCAUUGCAGCUAUAUCUGAAAAUUCUUUCGCUGAUGAAGUUUUGUUGACAGCAACCCCGUCAACAAGAAGAAGAAAGAAGCGGGGUUUACAUCAUGAUGGAGCAUCGGAGGGAAAGCGUGACAAACAAUUUCAAAGUAAUCAAGAGAAUCCCAACACGAUGAUAAAUCAAAGUCUGUUUGCCGGUGAAAGCUCAUCCAAUAAUGCUGCAAAUACAAUAGUUGGAGGUUCAUCUUUUUUUGGUCAGGCAUCAUAUCAAAGGAAUAAACAAGGAGUUAUUAUAAAGUAUGAAGAUUUUGGCGACAAUAGUUUCACAUGUAUUCAUUGCAAUGCAUCUUUUUGGUUAAAAGAAGCAAACAAACAAAAAUUGAAAAAUGCACCCAUCAUCUAUACAAAUUGUUGUCAAAAAGGAGAAAUCAAAAUCGAACAAUCAAACCCAACUCCAUCAUUUCUUGAGCAACUACUAGAUCCAAAAAACAGAGAAAGCACAUUUUUCAGAGAGAAUAUUAGAAUUUACAAUUCAAUGUUCUCUUUUACAUCAAUGGGAGCAACAAUUGAUCAUGGUAUAAAUAACGGAUCAGGUCCUUAUGUUUUCAAAAUAAAUGGUCAAGUACAUCAUUUAAUGGGUUUUAUGUUGCCUCUUGAUGGUGAAUGUCCAAAGUAUGCACAAUUAUACAUCUAUGAUACAAAAAAUGAGGUAUCAAAUCGUAUUAACGCUAUAGAUCCUUCUCAUAUCAAUAAAAAAAUCAGACCAGAUAUUGUGCAGGGACUGAUUAACAUGUUUGAUGAAAUUAAUGAAUUAGUUAAAACUUAUCGAACGAUCAGAGAUAAAUUUGAAGAUAGUUCUUUGCCUUCAUUUAGUAUGACUAUGCUUAAUCGCCAGCCAACUGACAGUAAACAAUAUGAAGAACCAACAAGUGAAGAAAUUAGUGGUCUAAUUGUUGGUGACAUUGGAGAAUUCAAUUCAAAUAAAGACAUAGUUAUUCAAUCAAAUGACGGACAUUUGAAGCGGAUUACCAAAAUACAUCCAAAAUACAUGUCAUUACAAUAUCCAAUUCUUUUUCCAUAUGGUGAAGAUAGAUAUAAACUUGAUCUUUUGAUGCAAACAACUGCAACAAACCGUACAAAAAAAAGAGAUAAAAUAUCAAUGCGAUGUUUUAUUGCAUAUCAGCUUCAAGAUAGAAAUAAUGAAAUGAGCACUUUGUUAAAAGGCGGACGAUUGUUUCAACAAUUCUUAGUCGACUCUUAUGCAACUAUUGAAGAACAUCGUUUAGACUACAUUAGAAAAAAUCAAAGAAAUUUAAGAAGCGAAACUUAUAAAGACCUUUUCACCGUAGCUUCAACUGGAAUUAAUGAAGGCCGUAAUCUAGGACAAAAAAUUAUUCUGCCAAGUUCUCACACUGGAAGCCCUAGAUACAUGAUCAACAAUUAUCAAGAUGCAAUGGCAAUUUGCAGACAAUAUGGCAAUCCUGAUCUAUUUAUAACUUUCACUUGCAAUGUUAAGUGGCCAGAAAUAUUGAGAUAUUUUGAAAACAUACCUGGAUAUAAACCAGAAGAUAGGCCCGACAUAAUUUCAAGGAUUUUUAAACUGAAAUUGGAUGAUAUGAUCAAAUAUGUUAAAUCUGGAGAACCUUUUGGAAAAGUUGAAGCAGAUGUUUGCACGAUAGAAUUUCAAAAAAGAGGACUCCCUCACGCCCAUAUGUUAUUUUGGUUGACAAGAAAUUACAAAUGUUAUACAGCAACUGAUAUAGAUUCUAUUAUUUCAGCUGAAUUGCCAGACAAAAAUACCAAUCCAGAGCUUUUCAAAAUUGUUAGCGAAUUCAUGAUUCAUGGGCCUUGCGGACAAAUAAAUGCCAAAUCUCCUUGCAUGCGAGAUGGAAAAUGUUCUAAAUUCUUUCCAAAACCAUACAAUACAAACACUACAUUUGAAACAAAUAUACCUCCAACAUAUCGACGUCGUGAUGAUCACACAAAAUUUGUAAUAAAAAAUGGUAUCCAUAUUGGAAAUAAUUUUGUUGUGCCCUAUAAUUCAAAUUUAUUAUUAAAAUAUAAUGCUCACAUUAAUGUUGAAUCGUGUUCUCAAUCUAUGUUAAUUAAAUAUUUAUUUAAAUAUAUUAAUAAAGGCCCAGAUCGAGCUCGAAUUUUAGUGCAUGAAAAUUUAAAUGACGAAAUUCAAACCUAUCUUAAUUGUCGAUAUUUAACUCCUCAUGAAUCUGUGUGGAGGUUGUUUGAAUAUCCAAUUCAUUCUCGACAUCCAGCUGUUCUACAUUUGCAAAUUCAUAUGCCUUCAGAACAAAAUAUUGUUUUUGAUGAAUCUCAAUCUCUUCAAUCAAUUAUAAAACAUAAAAGUAUGGAAGAUACUAUGCUUACUGGAUGGUUUAAAGCAAAUACAACUUAUCCAGAAGCAUGUAAAUUAACUUAUACAGAAUUUCCAACUAAAUUUGUCUGGAAUGAUUGUAAAAAAUGUUGGACGCCAAGAAAACAAUAUGAAACUAUUGGUCGAAUAGCACAUGUACAUCCUACAUUAGGUGAAGUAUAUUUUAUGAGAAUGUUAUUAAAUAUUCAAAAGGGUUGUCGUGAUUACAAUUCAAUAAGAACUAUUAAUGGUAUUACAUAUCCUUCCUAUCAAGAGGCUUGCCGAAUUUUAGGUUUAUUAGGCGAUGACAGAGAAUGGAUUGAAGCAUUAACAGAUUCUUCACAUGUUGCAACAGCAUCUGAAAUGCGUCAACUUUUUGUCACAAUAAUUUUAUUCUGUGAUGUUGCAAAUCCCCAGAUGUUAUUAGAUUCACAUUGGUCAAACAUGUGUGAUGAUAUUUUACAUAAAGCCAGAAUUGAACUUGGAAACCCAAAUUUAACUCUCCCAGAAUCAGAAUUAAAAAAUUAACUUUUAUUUGAAUUAGAACAAAUAUUUAAUAUAUCAUCAAGUUCAUUAAAAGAUCACCAAUUACCAA